AUGUCUGGCGACUUCAAGCUGUCGGCGACGCUGCGAGGCCACGAAGAAGAUGUACGUGCGGUCGUCUUCCCCAGCAGCCACCACCUCUUCUCCGCCUCUCGCGAUAACACCGUCAGACAAUGGACUCUGACUUCACCGAAGCCCCCGACUUACGACGAUACGAUUGCACUUUCCGGCUCUCACUGGUUCAACGCCUUGGCUCAUGCCGCGCCGUCGAAAGCACACCCUAACGGACUAGUUGCGACUGGUGGCAAGGAGACAUUUGUGUUCGUCAAGAAUGUUGGGCAGGCGCCAGAGGAGGACCCUCACCGUCUUCUGAUCGGACACGCUGGCAACAUCUCCUGCCUUGCUUUUAACCAGGAUGGAUCAAAAGUCAUCAGUGGCGGAUGGGAUAGUCAGGUAUUUGUCUGGGACGUAGAAGCAGGGAACGUAACAGCAGAGCUGACAGGACAUGGGGGUCCUAUUUGGGGAGUCAUGGUCUUCGACGAGAAGCUGGUCUUGACGGCAUGCGCGGACAAGAUUGUCAGGGUCUUUGAUAUCAACGGCAAAGCUCUAGGUGCUAUUCAAGGCCACACAGACGUCGUGCGGUGCUUCUGCAAGAUCCCGGAUGGCCACUGGUCUGGUGCGGCCUUUGCAUCGGCAGGCAACGACGAGGUUAUACGCCUAUGGGGUAUUGAGGGCACCUCGAUGGGUGUGCUGGAUGGUCACACUGCAUACAUAUACAGUCUCGCCAUCCUACCGAACGGCGAUAUCGUGAGCUCAUCGGAAGAUCGCACUGUACGCGUAUGGCGGGAUGGCCAGUGCAUACAGACCAUCACCCACCCAGCAAUAAGUAUAUGGACUGUUGCAGCGUGUCCCGAAACAGGAGACAUAGUGAGCGGAGCUAGCGACAAGAUCAUCCGAAUAUUCUCGAGAGAUCCGGAACGACAGGCUGGCGCCGAGGCUGUUCAACAGUUUGAAGAAAGCAACCGCAUGUACGCUAUUCCUCAGGAGACUGCAGCUCAGGGUGAGCCGUUUGAGAAGGAGAAUCUUCCGGGACCAGACGCACUUCAGACGCAGGUCGGCCAAAAAGAAGGUCAACAAUUGUUCAUUCGCGAACAAGACGGAAGCGUUACUGCACACCUAUGGUCUGCAUCGACUAGCCAAUGGAACUUGAUCGGAACGGUGGUCUCCGGCCAAGGUACUGGCUCGGCGAAAAAGACUUACAACGGCAAGGAGUACGACUACGUCUUUGACGUCGACAUCGAAGAUGGCAAGCCUCCUUUGAAGCUCGCCUACAACCUCACGGAGAGUGCUUGGGACGCGGCGCGGCGGUUCAUCGAAAGCAACGAGUUGCCUCUAUCAUACUACGAACAGGUCGCCAACUGGAUCACAGAACAGACCCGAGGUGCGAAGAUAGGUCAGGACUCAAAGCCCGCUACCCAACCAGGCCCGGCUGCAUCCGACCCCUGGGGAUCAGACAAGAGAUAUCGACCUGGAGACGUCGGGUCCGCUUCGGUGUCGGGACAGCGCAAGAUACCUCAGCGUGGCUACCUCACCAUUAUCGAGGGCAACCCUACCAACGCCAUCAACAUCAUCGUACAGAAGUCUGAAGAGUUAUCAAGCUCUGGUCAGAUCUCGUCUGAACAAGCAUUACAGCCAGAUGAGCUUGAAGAUAUCAAGAAACUCCCAACCCAGCUGCAAAACAAGCAAGAUCCACGUCCGACUGCUGCUCAGAUCUCAUCUCUGCUGAAGGUGGCAUCGCAAUGGCCCGUCAAGAGUAGGGUCCCCGCUGUGGGCGUCCUGGCUCUGCUCUCUGUGGCCUCCUCCUUCGUGACCGCAACCAGCUCUGGAGACGACACGAUCGUGGAGACCGUGAGUAGGGCGGGGCUCCUCCAGGCUCAACAAGAGACCACCAAUAAUGUUGUACACGCCAUUCGUCUACUCGUCAACCUCUUUCAGACGGAGUCAGGGCGUUUGAUCGUAGAUGGCACACUCGAUGCCGUGUUGAAACUCGUUCGACCAUUCGCAGCUCAACCGGAGUCCGUCGCACAGGCCAAGGCACUCUCCACGCUGUACCUCAACUUCGCAGUCCUGCUGACGGAAGGUGCAUCACCGAGCGAAGCUCAAAUGCGUGAGGCACGGGCAACAUUGCUUCUCACGGACAUCGCGAUGCUGCUAGAGAGCGACAGCCCGCAUGCUGGAGACGGAGACGUUGUCUAUCGAGCCCUGGCAGCUCUCGGUACCCUGUGCUCGCUCGGUAAUGAAUUCCGAGCUCGACUGGAGGGUGGCGUUGCAGGCACUCUCCACGUGGUCGCCACCAAGCCAGGCUCGCAGCUCCCAAACACAAAGGAGCUAAUCCAGGAGAUUCGAGACGAGCUUCGGUGA